AUGGCCGUUGAAGCCAUCGGAAAGAACAAAAGUCUCAGUAUCCGGGCCGCAGCCAGACUGUACAACGUUCCGGAAGCAACGAUUCGCCACCGACGUACUGGCCCGUCUGCACGACGCGAUUUACCAGCCAACUCGCACUGCGUGGUGUUGAAGAUUUGGCCCAACCACCUGCUCCGCGAACGCGAUGCGCCCCCUGUCGGCAAGCUCUGGGCCCACAACUUUGUCAAGCGCCAGCCACAGCUCCGUACGCGUCGUACGCGUAGAUACGACUACCAGAGGGCCAAGUGCAAAGAUCCAAAGGUCAUUGGCGAGUGGUUUACGCUUGUACAGAACACUAGGGCCAAAUAUGGGAUUGUCGAUGACGAUGUCUAUAACUUCGACGAGACUGGGUUUAUGAUGGGCAUCAUCUUCGCGGGUAUGGUAGUUACGACCUCAGACGGCCGUAGCAAGGCUAAACUAGCCCAGCCUGGUAACCGCGAGUGGGCGACCGUAACCCAGGGAGUUAACGCCCUUGGCUGGACUAUCCCUCCGUUCAUCAUCCUGGCCGCGCAAUACCACCUCGCCAACUGCACCUUGACUACCAUACGGCGCCCCGGACAAAGGGUAUACCGGUUGCUGAUCCUCGACGGCCACGAAAGCCACCACUCCACCGAGUUCGAGCUCUACUGCCGGGACAACAAGAUCAUCACACUCUGCAUCCCCCCGCACUCUUCCCACAAGUGCCAGCCACUUGAUGUUGGCUGCUUCGGGCCACUGAAACAGGCAUACGGUCGCCUGAUCGAGGAGCUGAUGCGCGCACACAUCAACCAUAUCACCAAGUUCGAGUUCCUUGGUGCCUUUCGCGAAGCCUUCUUUGCUUCCAUGACAGAGAAGAAUAUCCAGGGUACAACGGCUGUAAUGCACCAGGUGGCUCUCCUUCAGUCAGAGGUCUCUUCGCUCCGCAAGGCCAACGAGGCACUGAGCAAGCAACGGAGGGCCAAAGAAACACGUGUGCAGCUUGGAGGGUCACUUACUGUACAGGAUGCACAGGAUCCACUAGACCAGAGGGCUGUAGGUAAGGGGGUAGUGCAGGAAACGCAGCCGGAUGGUAGUGGUACAGGGGGGGGCUCUUUUAGCCCAGUAUGCCGCUGCGGUAUGGCGCGCAAGACAUUCGAACACCUCGUACUCGAAUGCAGCGGAGCCGCAGAUAAGUCCCAGCCCUGGCCAGAUGACGGCGCAGAGCUACUGGAGUGGCUGGAUGACGUGGAGAAGGCUGCCAUAGUGGUGCGGUGGGUACUUGGGCUGGGGAGGCUGAACGAGUUCCGGCUGGCGGUAGAGCUGGAAAAUGAGGAGAACAACGAGGAGGCCCGCGGCGGGGCCGGAGCGGAGUAG